AUGCAUGCUGGUUAGAUUUGUGUCCGACUUGAUCCCGACUAUCUCUGAUGUCAUGCACACUUCGGCAACGAUAACCUCAUGAGAUCAAGGCGGCCGCAGUUCUGAGACGCAGGCAGUGCAAUUGCUUUUCACCGACUGCAGGACCCAGGCGGACCCAGGACAAAAUCUCACUCCAAGGUUUUUUGAAAAGUUGGCAGGUAUGUAGAGGAAAAGUGGAUAGCCCAGUACCAGCAGCAACUAGCAGCAGUGACUGUUGAGAUAAUGGCAGCAGUGGAAAAGACGAUAGAACAAGAGCUCUCCCUUUCAAAGGAGAAUGAACGUCUACGGAAACUUCUUCUGGAGUUGGGAGCAGACCCCCAGCAGCUAACUGUCCCUGAAGAGGAGGUUCCCCCUGAGCAGCAGCAGAAAUGGAGCCCCAGUUUGGGGCAGGAGGACCCAGAGCCCACACAGAUUAAAGAGGAACAGGAGGAACUCAGGACCAGUCAGGAGGAAGAGCAGCUUCACAGACUUGAGUCUGAUCCCACAGAUGUUGUAGAGUUCAUAUUUACUGCUCCUCCCUGUGUGGAAAUAGACUCUGAUCAGGACAGAGAGAGGGAGAGGGACUCUCUACCCACCAACACAACUGAACAGAUCCAAACAGAACCUGAUGGAGAGGACUACAGAGUAGCAGAACUAACCAGUGACUCUCUGCUCCUCUCUGCAGUAAAUCCAGACUGUUCUGCAGCUCACAGUGAAAUCAUUGUAAGUGUGGAUGAAGACGAGAGUGAAGAAGUUAUGUCAGAGUUAAAGACCCUCAAAUCAAGGAGGACACAGGCAGAGAAACGACAAAGCUCUCAUGUCUGCCCUGAGGCCAAGACAACCAGUGAGCUGAAAGAACCAUUGAAGUCUCACACAAAUAAGAAACCAUUCAAGUGUCCUGUGUGCAGUAAACGCUAUAAGACACUAGGCGGUUUAAAAACACAUCAGAGAAUUCACUCAACAAAAAAUAGUUAUCACUGCAAGAAAUGUGGCAAAUCCUUCAACUUGUCGCAGCAGUGGAAGAAACAUAUGAAGAAUCACACAGAGGAGGAAUCACCUACAUGUCAUGUGUGCAGUAAAAGCUUUAAACUACCAAACCAUCUGAAAACUCAUGAGAUGCCACACCGUAGAGAAAUCCAUUCAGUGUCCAACAUGUGA